ACACACACACACACACACACACACACACACACACACACACACACACACUGCCAUUUACAGUUAACAAAAGUCCAAUGUUGUAUUACAAUGGGUGUGGUCAGCAGUGUUAAAGGCUUAAAUGCUUCUUCCAAUAGAGGUCACUGCAACAGAUUGCAAUAAUAUGCUGUCGAAAGACAAACUUAAAAACACAUGGAGAUGUGCCUUUAAGUUUUUUUCUGCCUUCAACGGUCGGUCGUCAAAACAUUUACACGGAAUUCAUGUUUUCUUUCAGAACGUACUCCAAAGUGUAGAUAUUGGAACAAAUUCAGUUUAAUGGAAAAAAUGUUAUUAUUAUCUUUUUCUACUGAAGCCGACAAAAUACCUUGUAUCUCUUUUUUAUAGAUAAGUGUUUACUGAUAUGCCACUGUGUCACAUCCACAAGUGUGUAUCAGGAAGGGUGUGUGCUCCCUCUUGUGUUCAUUGUCGGCUAUUGUUGAGAAAAGCUUUACAAUAUAAUAAUGAUAAUACUUUAAUAGAUAUAUAACGUUUUUUAGGGUUAUUGUCCCAUUUAUAUUCAACCCUUAUGAGUUCAGUUAGGAAUGAUAUCCUUGAUUCAAUGGGUAAACAUUUUUUUACUAGUGACACAGUGCUGCCCAGAUAUUCCAGAUGUCUCUUAGAGUCGUUGAUGAUAAACAGGAUAAUGAAUCAUGAUGGUUGUGGUUAAUUGCAAUCGAAGAACUUUUUUACAAAUCCUCUGAGAAUCCAUGUUUCACAGGAUCUGUAAAUUGAAAACUGAGGUAACAGAAAAAGUAAGAACCUUCAACUAACCACAUCUACAGUAAUAGAUUGUGUAUGCAUCAAUGUCAUCGCUAAUUUGUGUGACAAGUAAACUCUUCAUAACAUAAUAUUAAUUUCUCAAUACUUCUGUGCACUCACUAAAUAUAGAUUCAUCCCUUGUCACAAUGUGUCACUGUUCUGUUAAUUUCAGCCACACACAGUAAGUGGUACUAUUUCACAUUAUGGUAAUGCUGCUCUAUGGAAAUAUCGUGUCAUUCAUGCAAAAGCAGAACCAGUUUGUCAUAUUAGGAUUUGCAAUUAUAAACAUUUUACAAUACUUGGUGUUAGACAGUGACUGUUGGAUCUGAUUAAAAGUUGUGUACUGAAGGCCCGGAGGGACUCUGGAUCUUGACGAUUGAACUUUUUUUUCUCAGUAACACUUUCAGAGUGAAGAGGUCGCCAAAGAAAUCCUCAUCUGACCCAUCCGAGGAUCCUACACCAGAUGAAACUCCCUCCCUCCACCCACAGGACGACCACGCCACAGAUGAGGAGAAGCUGGCUUCCUCCACUAGUCAUAAGUGGGCAUCCCUACACAACGUGGAUGCAGAUUUGAAUUCUGAACAGCAAGACUUCCCUCAGCCGAGCGACCUUUCGUCCUUUGUUAAUGAGAACAGUCUUCCUGAUCAGACUCCAGUGCAAGACUAUGAGAUUGAGUAUAUGGAGAAGCUUGGCUCCGCUUCGCCUCCACUGUCUGUGAAGAAGCCAUCUUUGUACCUGAAGUUAGACUCCGUUUCUGACAACUUACCCAAGAAAAAGUGUGCAAAUGGAUCUGAACCCAGCUCCCCCUGCACUGGCAGUUUUGAGGAGAUGGAGGCCCAGAUAACAGCGGGUAUGAAGACACCGGUGCUGAGCUCCCGGCCUGGUCCCGAGGGCUCUGCUGGGGAAAAGGGCAGAAAGAGAGAGAACAAGGCGCUCAGCCGAACACUGAGCACAGAGAGGGAUGAGCAGCCCCUUAGCCUGGGCCCUGUGGAGGCCCCUGCUCCUGUCCUGCCCAUGCCCCUGUUAGACAGGCUGUCUGAGUGUGACGACCUCCUGCAGUACCUGGAGCCCGACCUGGCUGAGACCAACCCGACAGCAUUCGCUCAAAAACUACAGGAGGAACUGGUGCUUGCUGCCCUGAGGAUAGAGGCUCUGCAGAUAGCCAAAAACAUCUCACAGUGCCCCUCCCUCUCCACUGUAAACCCCCAGGUACUGCGCUGAGUGCUGCACCUGAUGUAUGC